ACACCCAUGCUUGGUAUUGCAGGCUCACCUCUCUUCUCACACCAAGAUGUCUUGCUACGACCUGUGCCCACCAAGAACCGGCGUGGCCGUCCCCCAGCCCAUCGCUGAGAGCUGCAACGAGCUGUGCGCCCGCCAGUGUCCCGACUCUUCAGCCUUCAUCCAGCCACCGCCUGUGGUUGUCACCUUCCCCGGCCCCAUCCUCAGCUCCUUCCCCCAGCAAGCCGUGGUGGGCUCCUCCGGAGCACCCGCCUUUGGAGGCAACCUGGGGCUGGGAGGCCUCUACGGUGCCGGGGCCACUCAGGCCUCGGGGGGUCUCUGCACCUUUGGCAGACCCUACGCUCCUGCUGCCUGCAGCCCUCUGCCCUCCCCUUAUCACUGUCUUCUUCUCCUGGCUCUGCCCCGCUACAGCCAGAAUGUAUGA